CGGGUCGGACUGCGCAUGCGCCGGGCGAUCCCAUUCUUGUCCUGCAGGCAACAUUCCGGGUGGAGAGUGUGAGGAGAGAAAGAGAAAGACUUACAAGAGAUUUCAGGCCGUGGACUACUCUGUAUUUACCGUGGCUGUGUUUGCGAGGCUGUGGCGGCUCUUUAGCGGGACAUGGGCACAGCAGGCCAGACCCCAAACCCAACCAUGGAGCUGUGAGCCUUCUCUCCUCCACCAUCCCUCCAUCCAUCUCCAAUUUACUGCUGCCGGAGCCAAAACCACCUCUCCUCUCUCCUCCUUCUCCUCCUCCUCCACUUUCUGCCUGCCCUGCUCUGGUGGUUUGGCCUGGGUCCUGCUCGCAACAGCCCAGAGAAAGCCCGCGAGGGGAGGGUGCUGUAAACUUGCCCCAGCUGCUAUACAGACACAUGCUGCAUUGCUACCAUUCUCUGGCCACUCCAACAUCCGCCGCUAUGACAAAACUGCCAGCCUUGUGAACUAGCAUUUGGCGUAUUACGGAGAUCUAUCCAUCAACCAAGCUGUACACAAUCACACGUUUCGAUCCAGCUGUUUAUACCGAGUUCAUUUCUAGUCCAGGUUGCCACGAUGGAGCCCAGUAUGGAGCAUUGUUUAACGCUGGUACUGCAGAAGGAUGUAGGGAAGAAGCUUCAAGUUGGACAGGAAAUCAUCGACUAUAUUCUAGAUAAGGAUAAGUCACAUGACCUGGAGCAAGAUCAGACCGCGCUGGACAAAAUGGUGGACGGCAUCGCGAGUUCCUGGGUCAACUCUAGUAACUUCAAGGUGGCUCUGCUGGGAUUGGAUCUUUUAUCUGCCUUAGUAACCAGAUUACAGGACCGGUUUAGGGCCCAAAUAGGAACAGUCCUCCCUAGCCUUAUUGAUCGAUUGGGAGACUCCAAAGAUCAAGUACGGGAUCAGGAUCAAACACUGCUGCUAAAAAUAAUGGAACAAGCCGCAACGCCUCAGUACGUGUGGGACCGAAUGCUGGGAGGUUUCAAACACAAGAACAACAGAACCAGAGAAGGAGUGUGCCUUUGUUUAAUCGCAACACUGAACACAUACGGAGCCCAAGGACUCACUCUUAGUAAAAUAGUCCCUCAUAUAUGUAACCUUCUGGGAGAUCCCACGAGUCAGGUUCGAGACGGGGCCAUGAGCUGUUUAGUGGAGAUCUACAGACACGUGGGGGAGAGAGUCAGACUGGACCUGAGCAAAAAAGGCCUUCCACAGUCACGGUUGAAUGUAAUCUUCAGCAAAUUCGAUGAAGUCCAAAGAUCAGGAAACAUGAUCUCCUCGUCGGGCUCAGAUAAAAAUUUUGAGGAUGAAGACUCAGUGGAUGGGGGCCGGUCCUCCUCCUCUUCGUCCUCCAAAGCGCCCCCUAGUGGUAGAAGGACUGUCAUGAGCUCGGUGAGGAGGCCCAGCUCUGCCACAACAGCCAAAGCACCAGGUAAAGAGGCGGCUGCAGGUGCUGUUGAUGAAGAAGACUUUAUUAAAGCCUUCGAGGAUGUACCAGCCGUUCAGAUUUUCUCCAACAGAGAGUUUGAAGACCAGCUGACCAAGAUCCGAGAGGUUCUGUCAGAUGAUAAGCACGACUGGGAGCACAGGGUCGUCGCGUUGAAGAAGGUGCGGUCUCUGAUCCUGGCCGGGGCUCUUGACUAUGAGGGCUUCUCACAGCAGCUCCGGCUCCUGGAGGCUCCGUUGAAACUGUCGGCGAAAGACCUGCGCUCUCAGGUGGUACGAGAGGCCUGCAUCACUCUGGGCCAUCUGUCGUCAGUGCUGGGGAACAAGUUUGACCACGGGGCAGAGAGCGUGAUGCCCACUCUGCUCAACCUGGUGCCCAACAGCGCCAAAGUCAUGGCCACGUCCGGAAUGGCUGCCAUCAGACUCAUCCUCAGGCAUACACAUUACCCUCGUCUCAUUCCCAUCAUCACCAGUAACUGCACCUCCAAAUCAGUCGCUGUUAGAAGACGCUGUUAUGAGUUCCUAGACCUUAUGUUACAAGAAUGGCACACAAACACACUAGAAAGACAUGUGGCCGUGCUGACAGAGACCAUCAAGAAAGGAAUCCAUGACGCAGACUCUGAAGCUAGGUCCAUCGCAAGGAAAUGUUACUGGGGCUUUCAUGGACACUACAGCCGAGAGGCAGAGCACCUGUUCCAGGCGUUGGAGUCGACGUAUCAGAAGGCUCUGCAGUCCCACCUCAAGAGCUCAGACAGCAUCGUGUCUCUGCCUCAGUCUGACCGCUCCUCCUCUUCCUCACAGGAGAGCCUCAAUCGCCCACUUUCUGUGAAAAGUGUCAUUGGAGGGAGCAUGACCAGAAGUAAACUGGUGAGCUCGCGGGUGCCCUCUCAGUCCGGCUCGCUCCAGCGCUCCCGCAGUGACAUCGACGUGAACGCAGCGACCACCGCCAAAUCUCGCCUGACCACUGUCCCCGCCCCCUCGGCAUUCAGCUCCGCCUCCGCUCUACCUCCGGGCUCCUACGCCUCUUUAGGUCGGGUUCGCACCAGGAGAACCAGCUCUGGCAGUGUGGGCGCAGCUAGUCCGUCGGUGGUGGACAGCAGGGGGCGCAGUCGAGCGAAAGUGGUCUCCCAAUCUCAGCCCGGUAGCCGUUCCAGUUCUCCAGGCAAACUGUUGAGCAGUUACGGGCGUAUCCCUCGCGCCACGGGCUCCGCCUCCUCCACGCCGGCCGACAAGCGCAGCCGGAUCCCGCGCAGUCAGGGGUGCAGCCGUGAGACCAGCCCCAGCAGGAUGGGACUGGCCCGGAGCCGUAUCCCCCGGCCCAGCAUGAGCCAGGGCUGUAGCCGUGACACCAGCAGGGAGAGCAGCCGUGACACCAGCCCUGCGCGGGGCUUCACUCCUCUGGACCGAUACGGCUUCAUAAACCAGGCUCGUAUCUCUGCCUCCGUGAACGCCAUGAGGGUCCUGAACACGGGCACUGAGGUGGAGGCUGCGGUCGCUGAUGCUCUGAGAAAGCCGAUGAGGAGGAGAUACGAGUCCCCCGGGAUGUACUCUGACGACGAUGCCAACAGCGAUGCGUCCAGCGCCUGCUCGGAGCGCUCCUACAGCUCCAGGAACGGAGGGAUCCCACAUUACCUCAGACAGACCGAGGACGUGGCCGAAGUGCUCAACCACUGCGCCAGCUCCAACUGGUCUGAGAGGAAGGAGGGUCUGCUGGGGCUGCAGAACCUGCUCAAGAGCCAGAGGAUUCUCAGCCGAGUGGAACUAAAGAGGCUCUGUGAGAUCUUCACCCGUAUGUUUGCAGACCCCCACAGCAAGAGAGUCUUCAGUAUGUUCUUGGAGACGCUGGUGGACUUCAUCACGGUGCACAGGGAGGACCUUCAGGACUGGCUCUUCGUGCUUCUCACUCAGCUGCUCAAGAAGAUGGGGGCUGACCUGCUUGGAUCUGUUCAGGCCAAAGUGCAGAAGGCGCUAGAUGUUACCAGAGAAUCUUUUCCAUUCGAUCAGCAGUUCAAUAUUCUGAUGCGGUUCAUAGUGGAUCAGACCCAGACACCGAACCUAAAGGUGAAGGUAGCCAUCUUGAAGUACAUCGAGUCCCUGGCGCGGCAGAUGGACCCCACGGACUUCGGUAACUCCAGUGAAACUCGCCUGGCCGUGUCCCGCAUCAUCACCUGGACCACAGAACCCAAAAGCUCCGACGUCAGAAAGGCGGCUCAGGUGGUGCUGAUCUCCCUGUUUGAGCUCAACACUCCAGAGUUCACCAUGCUCCUCGGAGCUCUGCCCAAAACCUUCCAGGACGGAGCCACAAAACUGCUCCACAACCACCUCAAGAACUCCAGCAACACCAGCAGCACCGUGGGCUCGCCGAGCAACACCAUCGGCCGAACACCAUCUCGCCACACGCCCAGCAGAACCAGCCCCCUCACCUCCCCCACCAACUGCUCACACGGCGGCCUGUCUCCAAGCAUGAUGGAGUACGACACAGAGAACAUGAACUCAGAGGAGAUCUACAGCUCCCUGCGCGGAGUCACCGAGGCCAUCCAGAGCUUCAGCUACAGGAGCCAGGAGGACCUCAACGAACCAAUCAGACGGGGCAAGAGGGACGACGCCGCGGGACGAGAAGGACUGGCCUCCUCCCCGGGUUCUGACGCUCGGCUCGGGCUGGACAUGGUGGAGGGGGGCCGCACCGCUCUGGAUAAUAAAACCUCUCUCCUGAACACGCCGUCUCCUCGCUCCUUUGCGGGGCCCCGCGCUCGAGAGUUUUCCCCUUACGGCUACGGAGAGACCAUCUGCACCUACGACAAGAGCGCUCUGAAGGAGGCGGUGUUUGACGACGACGUGGAGCAGUUCAGAGACUCCCGCCGUCAGGAAAGCGCGGAGAACAAGAUGACCCUCCCCAAGUCGUAUGCUCCCGUUGGCCAGGAUCACUCGGACAUGGUGGCGGAUCUGCUGAAGGAGCUGUCCAAUCACAACGAGCGCGCAGAGGAGAGGAAAGGAGCCCUGGUGGAGCUGCUGAAGAUCACGAGAGAGGACAGCGUGGCCGUGUGGGACGAGCACUUUAAGACCAUUCUCCUUUUGCUGCUGGAGACACUGGGGGACAAAGACCACACCAUCAGGGCCAUGGCUCUGCGAGUGCUCAAGGAGAUUUUGAGAAACCAGCCGGCUCGCUUCAAGAACUACGCUGAGCUCACCAUCAUGAAGACACUGGAGGCCCACAAGGACUCACACAAAGAGGUGGUGCGUGCGGCAGAGGAGGCGGCGGUCACGUUGGCGGGCUCCAUUCACCCCGAGCAGUGCAUAAAGGUGCUGUGUCCCAUCGUACAGACCGCAGAUUACCCCAUAAACCUGGCCGCCAUCAAGAUGCAAACCAAAGUCAUCGAGCGCAUCGGCAAAGAGUCUCUGGUGCAGCUGCUGCCGGACAUCAUCCCCGGACUCCUACAGGGCUACGACAACACGGAGAGCAGCGUCCGGAAGGCCAGCGUGUUCUGCCUGGUGGCCAUCUACUCUGUGAUUGGUGAAGACCUCAAACCCCACCUGGCCCAGCUCACGGGAAGCAAGAUGAAACUUCUAAACCUGUACAUCAAGCGAGCACAGACGACCAACAGCAACAGCAGCAGCUCCUCAGACGUGUCCUCUCACAGCUAAUGAACCAGCCCGGAGUCUACAGGAGCCUACGGGUGCCAGUCUCCUUUACAAUCACCCACCCACCACUUCCGAGGGCACCCUACGUCCUUCCUCCCACUCUCCCCUCUCUCCACUCUUCUAGAAUCGUCUGAAUGUAACUCUGAAAUGGCUCUAGACCCGUGGGAGGACGACGACAACGACGAAGAUGUGCAAUGUCUUUCGUUUCAGCGCUGGAAUGAAGAACGACGGUCUCUGAUUUUACGAACGGGGCGAUUUUGGGAUCAAUUGUCAUUUGGCUGGACCAGUGAGGGUAUAUAUAUGUACAACGCAGUGAAAUUUUGAGAGCAUAAAACCAAAAAUGUCAAGGGAACAAUGUGAAAAUGACAUUACUGUACGAGCGGAUUCGUUAAGUUCAACUUCAACAUAUAUCGGAAACUUUUGCAUUGAUUGUAGUCGAGAUUUGAGUGCUAAAUAUUGUGAAAAACAGCUUCUAAAUUGACAAUCCUACAACUCCGUGAGAAAAAUAUUGCGUAAAAGUUAAAUUAAUCAACAAAACAAAACGCACUCUUGGACUUAAGCUUGAAAAUUUCUCUUCACGAUGCUUCUCCUCGGCGUCCUUCUUAUUGUAAAUCCGCAAGGCUGUACGUAAGUAACUAUGACAACUGACUGAUUUUUUCUUUCGUUUUUUUUUUUUUUUUUUUGUAAAUAGCUUUCAUUUUUUUACGCUUGGAGUCGGGAGCGAAACCAGCAAUCCGAAGUGAAAGAUGAAAAAACCUGGCCUUAUCCGCGUUACCGUCUGGAUUCUGAUUAUGUGGAUGUACAGCACUGUUACUCUCGGCUUAAAUGUGAAAAAAAAAACACUAUUCCAGUAUUAGUUGCUCCCGAAUCGGACUUCCUCUGCAAUAACCCCACCACAAACAUAUAUAUACGUUUUGUACAUACACUUUUGGACCACGGCUACGCUGUUAGCAGAGUAGUUUGCAUGUGCCCAUAGCAACAAGGUGGUAAAAGUGCACUUGUAACGUCUAAUUAAGUUGUAAGGCUUAUUAAAGGUUCAUUGUGUAACUUUUCUCGUGGAGGGUCCGUCAAACGCUUCAGAUGUUAUUGUUUUGUCUGGAAUGUUUUACAGUAUUAUGGAAGAUAAUUUUUCCAUCAGAUUUAGAAUUUUUUUUUAAAAGAAUUGAAUUAUUUUUAUUCUGAAUUUGGGUUGCUGAAAUUUUAAGUAUACUUUUUCCAAUAUAUUUCAAAUAAAUUCGAAAUAAAUAAAAAAAAUCACCUUUUAAACAUUCAGCACAGAUAUUUUCAAGCCCUCAAAUUCAAAAGUUACAAUUCAGAGUGUAAAAUUUGCAGUGAAAAAUUCCAUAGCAAAGAUCCAAUAUGCCAAGGCAGAAGCAAUCGAUUAUGUGUGAGUGAGGAGGACAGAGGCUGUUUCCUAUUGGCUGUUCUCAUCUGUGGGCGGGGUUUAAAAGAGAUGGUUUUGAUGAGGCUAAUUCUGACCAAUCAGAUUGCUUCACUGCAUCAUUUUCUGCUUGUUACUACACUUUGGAUCGAUUGCUUCUGUCUUGGCAUUUUGGGUCUUUCCUGUGAAUUGUUUUCACUGCGAAUUUUACGCUCUGAAUUUUGACUGUUGUAUUUGAAGGCUUGAAAAUAUUUGUGCUGAAUAUUUAAAAGGUUUUUUUUUUUAACACUUUGAAAAUGUACAAAUGAUCCUCCAUACAGUAUGACAUUAAACCUUCCUAUCAUCAUAGUUACACAAGUUACAGGUCAGAUCUGCGGAGAGGCGACCCCGCUCACUGUCAGAAUUCAUGUUUUUGUAGGUAUUUUUGAGCCAUAAAACCACCUAUAAUUGAAUAAAUAUAAGAUAUAGCUGAUUAAUGUCAUACUGUGGAACAUUCCAGGCCGGAGAAACAAGCGGGUGACGUAGCCUCCACCAGAAAAGUUACACAAUGCGGCUUUAAUGUUGUUUUCCGCCUGGGAACAAAUUCAGAAUUUGACCAAGGUUUGGACGAGAUAAGAUGGUAGAAUUAUACUUUAUGAAUUGUAAUAAUAAGUCGCCUAAUUUCAAUGUUAUGUAUGAAUGAUAAUGAAUUUUAGCAGGGCAAUUUGUUGAAUAAAGAGCUAGCUUUAUGCGUGGAGAAAUGUUUUCAGUGUUUGCUCUUUUUAAUAUUUAAAAAUACACACAAAAUACUGAAAUUUUACAUAUUACUAAGUAUGUAAAUCAGCCUUAAUUCCUGAUGAAAUGUAUCUAAAAAAAACAAAAAAUAUCUUUACUGUAAAUUUGGCCGUCCUGUUAGCCGUGCUAGCGUCAAAAUGCUGAGUCAUUAUCGUAGCAUGCUAGCAGCCUCAAGCUAGCCGCCUUCUAGACAAUAUUUGAAAGAUUUAAAAUAAUAUAAAGACCAUUGCUUUUUUUUUGUAAUGUUCUAAGCAUCUUUAUCUAACUUAUUAAUCAUUUUAAAAUUUGGAACUUAGCCUUGGGUGACCAGAAUUUCAAAAUAAAAAACUAGGACAGACCUGUUUUUUUGUGGUUGCUAAUAAUAAAAAUUGCUAAACGAAUGCCUAAUUAAGUAAAAUUGUUACGCAGAGACUGUUCACGACUAACAUGUGAGUCACUAUAGUCACAUUUUCUUUGUGUUUUGGUCGUUUUUAAUCUGAUUUUUUUGUAUUUUACCUAAACAAAUCACAAUGUUUGCCUCUUUUUACUGUUAGCAGGGAUCAAAUUGGUCAAAAAUAGGGACACCUGGGACAUUUUUUGUAUAAAACUAAGACAAAUCACUUGUUUUGGAUCAAUCCACUGGGACUGGGGACACAAGGCUCUAAAUUGGGACUGUCCCGGGUAAAUAACGACGGUCUGGUCACCCUAAACUUAGCUUGAGAGCGGCUACAGCGCUACAAUGCCAACAAUUUAAUGUUUUGAAGAUGUUUUAGUGGUUCACCUCGAAAAAAAAAAAUCACUUCUGAACUUCUUGAAUGAUUAUAUAUCUUGAAUGUUAAGUUUAAUGUCUAAAAAAUAGCGUAUUAUUAACAAGAACAUCACUACUUUAAAGCUGCACUGUGUAACUUUUCUCCGGGUCCUCAACCUGUUUGUCUCCAUGGAGAUGUUAAUGCUUUGGUUUAAAUUGUCCGCAGUAUGGCAUUAAACCAAUCUGUCGUACAUUUAUUCAACUACGGGUGUAAUUUAUCGCUCAAAAAUAUCUUAAAAACUUGAAUUCUUCGUGUGAGUGGGGUCGCCUCUCCACAGAUCUAACUUGUAAUUUGUCUUGGAAGCCUCCGUAGAGAUUUUUGAAGUUAUGGCAAUACUGUUUAACAUUCUUGGCACAUCUCCACGGAGACAGAGGACAAGCUACACAGUGUAUCUCUAAAAUCAGAUUAGCAUGCUAGUUAAACUACUAGUGUAUUUUAAUUUUGUUCACAACUGAAUGUCACAAAAAUGCACAAAUUGCCCUGUUAAAACUGUCUUGUGAUUUACGUCCUUCAUGUUUAGGCUCAUUUAUUUUGUAGUUUAUAAAAAUUAUUUAUUAUUUUAAAAUUUCUGUUCAUUUGCUGACUUGAAGCAAAUUUCUUAUAAUGAAAGUAUUACUGUUUGUAUCUCUGUCGGUUUAUGUUAUAAAGAAGACGUUUUGGGUUUUAUCUGAAUGGGCCAAACUGCUUAUUUAAGUUAAAGAAUGUAAAAAUGUACUAUUUUAAAGUUGUUUUGGUCUUGGUACUGGAGUAUGUUGUAUUCUUGUUGCUCCUUUUGACUGUUUCCCUUUAAGCGUCUCACAAAGCCUUGUCUCAUGAACAAAAUGGACGCUUCAAACCGCUGGAUCCUGGAAGCAAAAACGAUGUCCACUAUGCAUGUCCUUCUUUUGUCUUAACCGCUCAUGUAAUAUUCCUCUGUAUUUAUAUAUUUUAUUUGGUCUCCUCCUGAUAAGACUGUACAGACAUUUUCUUUUGUUAACACCCACCUGUGGUAGGUUUGCAACGAUGUAAAAAUCAAAUGUUUGCUCUAGAAAUAAACAGACCAAGUUGAUGGUU